AUGUACCACCUUUCUACAGUAUAAUCAUAGGCAGCCCAGAAAUGAGACAGAUUUCUGGGCUGCUUCUGUAUAAGCAGAUUUCUGGGCUGCCUAUGGUAUAAUUCACUGGCUGUAUAGAUGGAAAGGAAGGGGGGGGGAUAAUUUAUAGGGCUGGUUCACAAUUGAACUUCAAUUAUGUAGCUUCAAGCCCAAAAAGAAAGCAUGAUCAUUUUAGCUUAGGUACAAACAUUCCACAUAUUCUUAGUAUAUUUGAAAAUCUUAUUUAACAAAAGAAUGCUUGUCAUGACUCAGACACAGACUCUAUGUCCCCCCCCCUUGUCAAUUUCAUGCCAUUUUCUAUUUUACUCUGAACUCUAAAAAACUGGAGUAAAAGGAGAAAUACAUCAUACCACAUUGUUCUGGGAAUUCCCCGGCGUUUUCGGAACUGUCUGCAAUCUUAAGAGUUGCACUGGCACUUUGGAAACAGCAACUGCCUUUGUUAGUGAUUUGCGCACAAUACAGGCAUAAAAAUGACCAAACCUGGCACAGACCCAGUCAAUGAAUUAAAAACUACAAAGAUUACCUCGUUUUUUGGAUUUCCGUGGAAAAAAACGGUAUGCAUAGAGCAUACAAAUAAGAAAUUGAAAAAUGAUGAAAUGGAUAAAUUGGAUGAUUUCAACUGGUCUGCACUGGUUCUAAUCGCGACGGUUGUCGCUAUCAUGGCAUUUAUUUGGGCCCUGGUCGGAGAAGUACGGAAUUGUCCGAAAAGUGGGCGCAUUGAUCUCUCUGGUAUAUCUUCUCGUGAAUGUCAGGAGAGCUUGGGCCAAGUGGAAGUAGCCCACAAAACUACAAAACAGCAGGUCGAAAAGCUCAAUAAGGAUAUUGCCAUACUUAAAGAGGAAAAAGCCAAUUUUUCCAGAAAGCUGGAUGAUACGGAGAAAGAACUGCGUGAGAUUAGAGAGCAGCUGAGGUUGGCUAAGCAGGAGAAAGAUAACUUGGUGCAGGAGAAUUCUCUUUUGAAGACGGAGAAGGAAACGAUCAAGAAGGAUUUGAGCAGUGCACAGUUCACUUUGGGAAACUGCAAGAAUAAAAACAUGGACCACGAAGUGCAAAAUUUGGAACUGCUCCAGGAAAUCGAGAGCCUGAAGAAGGAGCUAAAAGCAUGUUAAUUAUAAUAUAAAAGGCCCAGUUUAUAAGCAAUUUAAAAGUUAAGUGAUGAGAUGAUAAUGAGGCUUGUUGUCGCAUUACCUAUUUUUUGAUGAACUGCAUUUAACUCGACGUGUAAACUAGACCUAAGAAAAAUAAAUGUGACCAAUAAAAAUUUGUGCUUCAUAU